GUGGGGAUGGGGUCGCAGACGCUGCAGAUCCUCCGGCAGGGGGUGUGGGCCGCGCUCAGCGGGGGCUGGUACUACGACCCGCACCAGGCCACCUUCGUGAACGCGCUGCACCUCUACCUGUGGCUCUUUCUGCUCGGCCUGCCCUUCACCCUCUACAUGGCUCUUCCUUCUUCCAUGAUUAUCGUAGCAGUUUACUGUCCUGUGAUAGCCGCUGUUUUCGUUGUUCUGAAAAUGGUCAACUACCGACUCCACAGAGCCCUGGACGCCGGAGAAGUCAUAGAGAGGAACGCGCAUGAGUUCCCAGAUCAGCGAGCUAAGGCUGAGCAAGGCAACUGUUCAACCAGAAGAAAAGACAGUAAUGGACCGAGUGAUCCUGGUGGAGGGAUUGAAAUGUCUGAGUUCAUUCGAGAGGCCACACCUCCAGUUGGUUGCAGUUCAAGAAAUUCUUACGCUGGCCUAGAUCCAAGCAACCAGAUUGGAUCUGGUUCCUCUCGUCUUGGAACAGCAGCAACUAUUAAAGGAGAUACAGACACCGCUAAGACGUCUGAUGAUAUCAGUUUAAGUCUGGGCCAGAGCUCUAGUCUUUGUAAGGAAGGAAGUGAAGAACAAGAUCUGGCAACUGAUCGGAAGCUCUUCCGUCUGGUCUCCAAUGAUUCCUUCAUCUCCAUUCAGCCUUCCUUAUCCUCCUGUGGGCAGGACUUACCAAGGGACUUCAGUGACAAAGUGAGCUUGCCGAGUCACAGCCACCACCACCACAUCGAUCAGUCUCUGUCCAAUGCCUGUGAUACGGAAGUAGCUUCUCUCGUCCCUUUACAUUCACACUCUUACAGAAAAGAUCACCGGCCACGAGGGGUACCACGGACUUCUAGCUCUGCGGUGGCUUUCCCAGAUACUUCCCUGAAUGACUUUCCCCUCUAUCAGCAAAGACGGGGCUUGGAUCCAGUUAGUGAGUUAGAAUCUUCCAAGCCUCAUUCUGGAUCCAAAGAAUCCUUGGUGGAAAAUUCUUGUUUGUCUGGGGAAUUUCAGCUUGUUGCUGAGCUGAAAAACAGUAAUUCUCAUCCACCUCCAAGAAGUGGGAAGAGCAAACCUUUGAAAGCAGACAAAAGCAUGGACAGCCUGAGGAGCCUGAGCACACGGAGUAGCGGGUCAACAGAGAGCUACUGCAGUGGGACGGACCGUGACACCAACAGUACGGUCAGCAGCUACAAAAGUGAGCAGACCAGCUCAACUCACAUAGAGAGCAUCCUGUCGGAGCAUGAGGAGUCUCCUAGAGGAGGACAGAAAGGUGGCAGGAAGAAAGAGGGCUGUGCUGACCCAGAGGACAAGAGUAGCUGUACCAGUGACAAAAGGACUAGCAGCGAGAAGACCGCCGUGGAAGUGAGUACCAACAGUGGGGUUCAAGAGCCCAAGGAGUCCAGUACCUCCGAUGACGUGCACAAUCAGAGAGGCCUCAGCACCUCUGCGUCGGAAGAAGCCAAUAAAAAUCCCCACGCGAACGAGUUUACGUCACAGGAGGACAGACCACUCGAGAAAACUGCCGAAGACAAAGAGGAGCAGAGUGAGAAGUCCACUGUUCCAGGGGACACCAAAGUUGCUAAAGACAGUAGUGGAAAGCAAAAGGAAGGGGACGUACGGCCUAAAUCGUCGAGCUUGAUCCACCGGACAGCCUCUGCCCAUAAAUCAGGCCGGAGACGGACAGGGAAAAAACGGGCCAGCAGUUUCGAUUCAAGUCGGCACAGGGACUAUGUUUCCUUUCGAGGUGUUGCUGGCACAAAGCCACACAGUGCUAUAUUCUGUCACGACGAGGACUCGAGUGACCAAAGUGACUUGAGCAGAGCGUCGAGUGUUCAGUCUGCCCACCAGUUCAGCAGCGAUAGCUCUUCUAGCACCACUUCUCAUUCGUGUCAGUCUCCUGAGGGCAGGUACAGUGCCCUAAAGACCAAACACAUCCCUAAAGAAAGGGGUGCUGACUCCGAGCACGCACACAAAGCCCACCUGGGUCCUGACGGAGCUGGCAAAAAGCGGACAGCACGUCGGACUUCCAGCACAAACAGUGCCAAGACUCGGGCCCGGGUGUUGAGCCUGGACAGUGGCACGGUGGCGUGUUUGAAUGACUCCAACAGGCUGAUGGCACCCGAAAGUAUAAAACCCUUAACCACUUCAAAAUCAGAUCUCGAGGCCAAAGAGGGAGAGGUGCUAGAUGAGCUAUCUUUAUUGGGCCGGGCUUCCCAGUUAGAGACGGUCACUCGGUCGAGGAAUAGCUUGCCAAGCCCGGUUGCGUUUCCUGAAGGCGAGGAGCAGGAUGCAGGCGGUGGAGAACAAAAUCUUGGCAUGCUGGUGUUAGCAUCAUCCUUGGCUGACAUGGAAACGGCACAGGCCAGCGAGGAGGCAGUGUCCUUUCGCCGCGAACGCAGCACAUUUAGGCGCCAGGCAGUUCGGCGCCGGCACAAUGCAGGGAGUAACCCUACCCCUCCUACAUUGCUCAUCGGAUCGCCCCUAAGCCUUCAAGAUGGUCAGCAAGGCCCGCAGUCCACAGCCCAGGUCAAAGUCCAGUCCCGCCCCCCUUCCCAGGCUGCAGUGCUCAGUGCUAGUGCGUCCUUGCUGGUGAGAAAUGGGAGUAUCCACUUAGAAGCCUCACAUGACAAUGCAUCUGCUGUAGGCGGCAGCAGCUUGCACGGUGAACUUGGUAAGUUCUCUUCUACGCUUUAUGAGACUGGUGGCUGUGAUAUGUCACUUGUGAAUUUUGAACCAGCAGCAAGAAGAGCAUCCAAUAUCUGUGACACGGAUUCUCAUGUAUCCAGUUCUACCUCAGUUCGAUUUUAUCCACAUGAUGUGCUCUCUCUUCCGCAGAUUCGAUUGAACAGACUAUUGACCAUCGAUACAGAUUUGCUGGAGCAACAAGACAUCGAUCUAAGCCCUGACUUGGCAGCUACUUAUGGUCCAACAGAAGAAGCUGCUCAAAAGGUCAAACACUAUUACCGCUUCUGGGUCUUACCCCAGCUGUGGAUCGGCAUUAACUUCGACAGACUCACACUUCUGGCCCUGUUUGAUAGAAAUCGUGAAAUUCUGGAAAAUGUGUUAGCUGUCAUCCUGGCUAUUCUUGUGGCUUUUUUGGGAUCUAUUCUUCUCAUACAAGGCUUCUUCAGAGAUAUCUGGGUCUUCCAGUUCUGCCUAGUGAUAGCCAGCUGUCAAUACUCACUACUUAAGAGUGUUCAACCAGAUUCUUCUUCUCCCAGACACGGCCAUAAUCGUAUCAUUGCCUACAGUAGACCAGUUUAUUUCUGUUUGUGUUGUGGUCUUAUUUGGCUCUUGGAUUAUGGUAGCAGAAACCUUACUACAACCAAGUUCAAAUUAUAUGGAAUAACUUUCACUAAUCCCCUGGUGUUUAUAUCAGCCAGGGAUUUAGUUAUAGUGUUUACACUCUGUUUCCCAAUAGUAUUUUUCAUUGGUCUCCUGCCUCAGGUGAAUACAUUUGUAAUGUACCUUUGUGAGCAAUUGGAUAUUCAUAUCUUUGGUGGUAAUGCCACUACAAGCUUGCUUGCAGCACUUUACAGUUUUAUCUGCAGCAUUGUGGCAGUUGCCUUACUGUACGGAUUGUGUUAUGGCGCUUUAAAGGAUUCCUGGGAUGGCCAGCAUAUUCCAGUACUUUUCUCCGUUUUUUGUGGUUUGUUAGUGGCAAUAUCCUAUCAUCUCAGCCGACAAAGCAGUGAUCCAUCUGUACUUUUCUCUUUGGUGCAAUCCAAGAUUUUUCCAAAAACAGAAGAGAAAAAUCCAGAAGACCCUCUGUCUGAAGUAAAAGAUCCACUGCCUGAAAAACUUAGAAAUUCUGUUAGUGAGCGUUUACAGUCUGACCUAGUAGUAUGCAUCGUAAUUGGUGUGCUGUAUUUUGCUAUUCAUGUAAGCACAGUGUUCACAGUAUUGCAGCCUGCUCUCAAGUAUGUGUUGUAUGCAUUGGUCGGCUUCGUGGGUUUUGUAACCCAUUAUGUGCUGCCUCAGCUUAGAAAACAGCUGCCAUGGCACUGCUUCUCCCACCCUCUGCUGAAGACAGUGGAGUACAACCAGUACGAAGUUCGGAAUGCAGCCACUAUGAUGUGGUUUGAGAAACUUCACGUGUGGCUUCUUUUUGUGGAGAAGAAUAUCAUCUAUCCAUUGAUUGUUCUCAAUGAACUCAGUAGCAGUGCAGAGACAAUUGCUAGUCCAAAAAAACUGGAUACAGAAUUAGGUGCUUUAAUGAUCACCAUUGCUGGUCUGAAGUUGCUACGGUCCUCUUUUAGCAGCCCUACAUAUCAGUAUGUUACAGUCAUCUUUACUGUGCUCUUUUUCAAAAUUGACUAUGAAGCAUUUUCAGAGACUAUGCUGUUGGAUCUCUUCUUCAUGUCCAUACUCUUCAACAAGCUUUGGGAACUCCUUUAUAAGUUGCAGUUUGUAUACACUUACAUUGCCCCCUGGCAAAUUACAUGGGGUUCUGCUUUCCAUGCUUUUGCUCAGCCCUUUGCCGUGCCCCAUUCAGCCAUGUUGUUUGUUCAGGCUGCUGUAUCUGCCUUUUUUUCUACUCCACUAAAUCCCUUUCUGGGAAGUGCAAUAUUCAUCACUUCAUAUGUUCGACCUGUGAAAUUCUGGGAGAGAGACUAUAACACAAAACGGGUGGAUCACUCAAAUACCAGAUUGGCUUCCCAGCUUGAUAGAAAUCCAGGAUCAGAUGACAACAAUCUGAAUUCCAUCUUUUAUGAACAUUUAACCAGAUCCCUACAACACAGUCUCUGUGGUGAUUUGCUCCUAGGACGAUGGGGAAAUUACAGUACAGGCGACUGUUUCAUUCUUGCCUCUGACUACCUCAAUGCAUUAGUACACCUUAUAGAGAUAGGCAAUGGGUUGGUCACUUUCCAGCUGCGGGGACUUGAAUUCAGAGGUACUUACUGUCAACAACGGGAAGUGGAGGCCAUUACUGAAGGCGUUGAAGAAGAUGAAGGAUUUUGCUGUUGUGAACCUGGACAUAUUCCUCAUGUGCUUUCAUUUAAUGCUGCGUUUAGCCAGCGCUGGCUAGCUUGGGAAGUGAUCGUCACUAAGUAUAUUCUGGAAGGUUAUAGUAUCACUGACAACAGUGCUGCCUCUAUGCUCCAAGUCUUUGACCUUCGGAAAGUACUCACCACUUACUAUGUCAAGGGUAUCAUUUAUUAUGUUACAACUUCUUCUAAACUGGAGGAGUGGCUAGCCAAUGAGACAAUGCAGGAAGGACUACGUCUGUGUGCAGAUCGAAAUUAUGUUGAUGUGGACCCAACAUUUAACCCAAACAUCGAUGAAGACUAUGACCAUCGACUGGCUGGCAUAUCCAGAGAGAGUUUUUGUGUAAUUUACCUCAACUGGAUAGAGUACUGCUCUUCCCGAAGAGCAAAGCCACUGGAUGUAGACAAAGAUUCAUCCCUAGUGACUCUUUGUUACGGACUUUGUGUUCUGGGACGGAGAGCUCUGGGGACUGCAUCCCACCAUAUGUCCAGUAAUUUAGAGUCAUUCCUCUAUGGAUUGCAUGCCCUAUUUAAGGGAGAUUUCCGUAUUUCUUCAAUUCGAGAUGAAUGGAUCUUCGCUGACAUGGAAUUGCUAAGGAAAGUAGUCGUCCCGGGAAUCCGCAUGUCCAUUAAACUUCAUCAGGAUCAUUUCACUUCUCCAGAUGAGUAUGAUGACCCUACUGUGCUCUAUGAAGCCAUUGUGUCUCACGAAAAGAACCUCGUAAUAGCCCAUGAAGGGGACCCUGCAUGGCGGAGUGCAGUCCUUGCCAACUCUCCCUCCCUUCUCGCUCUGCGGCAUGUCAUGGAUGACGGCACCAAUGAAUACAAGAUCAUCAUGCUCAACAGACGCUACCUGAGCUUCAGGGUCAUUAAGGUUAAUAAGGAAUGCGUCCGAGGUCUUUGGGCAGGACAACAGCAAGAGCUUGUUUUUCUACGUAACCGUAAUCCAGAAAGAGGUAGCAUCCAGAAUGCCAAACAAGCUCUGAGAAACAUGAUAAACUCAUCUUGUGACCAACCUAUUGGCUACCCAAUCUUUGUCUCACCCCUGACAACUUCUUACUCUGACAGCCAUGAACAGCUUAAAGAAAUCCUUGGGGGACCCAUCAGUUUGGGAAAUAUCAGAAACUUCAUAGUGUCAACCUGGCACAGGUUAAGGAAAGGGUGUGGGGCCGGCUGUAACAGCGGUGGCAAUAUUGAAGAUUCUGACACUGGAGGCGGAAUGUCCUGCACUAGCAACAGUGCAGUGAGCGCCAGUGACCCCCACAGCACUGUGUCCCAGGGAAGCACUGGAAAUCCAGGGCAAGGGUCAGGAGCUGGACUCCAUCCACCGGUCACAUCUUAUCCUCCAGCACUAGGCACUAGCCACAGCUCCCACUCCGUGCAGUCAAGCCUGGUCAGACAGUCCCCCGCUCGUGCCUCAGUGGCCAGCCAGUCUUCUUACUGCUACAGUAGCCGGCACUCGUCCCUCCGGAUGUCCACCACGGGAUUUGUGCCUUGUCGGCGCUCUUCCACGAGUCAGAUAUCGCUUCGAAACUUACCGUCCUCCAUCCAGUCCCGCCUCUCCAUGGUGAACCAGAUGGAGCCUUCCGGUCAGAGCGGCAUGGCCUGUGUGCAGCAUGGCCUGCCUUCUUCCAGCAGCUCCAGCCAGAGCAUCCCAGCCUGCAAACAUCACACUCUCGUGGGCUUUCUUGGGACAGAGGGAGGUCAGAGCAGUGCCACUGACGUCCAGCCAGGCAACACCUUAAGUCCUGCCAAUAAUUCACACGCCAAAAGGGGGGAAGUGAUUUACAGAGUCCAAAUUGUAGAUCCCAGUCAAAUUCUGGAUGGGAUCAACCUGUCAAAAAGGAAGGAGCUGCAGUGGCCUGAUGAGGGUAUUCGGUUAAAAGCUGGGAGAAACAGCUGGAAAGACUGGAGUCCUCAGGAGGGCAUGGAAGGCCAUGUGAUUCACCGAUGGGUGCCUUUCAGCAGAGAUCCAGGUACUAGAUCCCACAUCGACAAGACAGUACUGCUGGUCCAGAUUGAUGAUAAAUACGUGACUGUGAUAGAAACUGGGGUACUAGAACUUGGGGCUGAAGUGUGAGCCAGUGUCGGAUAACUACGGUUCUUUGCCCUCUCCAUUCCAAGUCGUUGGAAGAAGAGAGGAGAGCGUGGAAGAUGCCUGCAGGUAUCCCUUGGCUCUGGUAUGGGAGAGACGGGGACGGAGAGCGGGCUUGGUUCUGCGCCUCGCCUUCGUCCUUCACCCCGACUCCUGUCGCUGUCUCCAUCCCCAAAUAAAGCUGAAAUAUUUUUUUAAGUUAGCUGCCGAGAAAACAUUCUGCAUGAAGGAUACAGUUCUGUUAAAAAUACAUCCUUAAAGAAAGUUUUUUCCUAUGUAUUGCCUAUGCUUUACAUCAACAAACUCUUCAUUUCUAAACUAUGAUCUCAUAUUUUUCUAAUUUCUUUGCCAAAAAUAAUUGCCAUGUUUUGUCACAGAACAUGAAACCCAUUUACCUUGAUUUUUAAGAACAGACCAGUGUAGAAACCUUCAGUUUGACAUUUAGCUGUCUGAACGUUUAAUGUACAGUAAAAGAGACUAUGAACAGACAUAGAUUUAUCUUACUCCUUGAGCGCUAAAAACUUUAAUGAGAAAACUGCACUAAUUUUUUACAACAAUGCACUAAAGUCUGAGAUUUCUCAGAACGUUUAUUUAUAUAUAAAAAUAAAAUACCAUUAUUUAAAUUGCCUUUGGGAUUAAGCCCUUCCCUUUCCCUAAAACAUACAUAGCAGGAACUGUGCUGCUCCUUUUCUGUUAGAGUCUACUUCAUGCCAGUACACUGGGUGUUUCCUUUAAAUGCACACUAGAUCGGAAGACACACUUAGCUUCGCCUUUGGCAUUCCCCAGCGAUAACAGCGCAUUGGUCCUGUGAACACUACUGCCAGCUCCUGUGUCCACAUGUCAGAUAAGCCCUGACACCACGUGUGCCCCAGGCCCUCAGCUUCUCUACACUUGGGGCAAGCUCUGCCGGGCUCAGUUCUGGGAAGAAAAUAUUUUUGUUUUUCAAAGACGAAGAUGAACAUCCAGGAAUUUAAAGAAAGAAUUGAUUGCUUUUCUUUUAAGAGGUAUUAGCUCUUGAAGGGACUCACAUGCAGUUCAGUUAAUCAAGUAAAAUUUUUUCAAGCGAAGUUCUCCAAAUGGUGCAGUUCUGAUUGUUAUAUCCCUCUCUAAAUAACCUUGCCUUUUAUUUUGCUCCUGUCUUCUUUUUCUAUUACUUGAAUUUUAUUUCCUGUAAUUUAUAGUAUGUAGGUGUAAUUUGAGAUAUUUAUAACUGUGAAAUUGACUUAAUAUGUUGUCUCAUAAAUUUUAUUGUUUUUUUUUUUUAAUCUGUGUAUUCAGGGAAAUAUAUAAUUCAGAUUUACAAUCGGGCUGGGUGGAAACUGCAGUUUAGAUUUAAUUUCCAAGUUUUGGCAUUUUUUAGAGCCUCCAAAAAACUUUCCCCUUUUGGGUGAAACUCCAGAGACGACUCUGUGUCUGUCUGAGCAUUCAGGAGCAGCCAUCUUUCUACCCCGCUGUGAGUGGGCGGUGAUAAGAAGCACGUGAAAUUGAUUUUAAUCAUACAGUUUAGCGGAUCCAGUGCGCCCGAAGUGUUCCUCGUUCAGCAUUUGGCACUGGCCAGAUUUCCAGUACGCACUGGCCACAUGUGCCUGGCGGCUCCCGCGUCGGACGGCACAGGCUUCAAGUGUCUUUUGAGGAGGUGACAGGAGAGGGGAGCUGUCUCCCUCCUUGCUCCCCGCUGUUGCUCCUGCGGUGCAGCCUAACACUUGAGUAGAAGGGAGGAAAACUGAGGAAAUCAGUAGCUAAGAAUACACCACCCGACUGCAUUUUCAUCUGUUAGGCCCUUCUCUAAUUAAAAAUUUUUGUGGUAAUUCAGAACCCACUGUGCCUCGUGCUGAUGUUUCCAUACUUCACACUUCGCAAAAUUUACCUGUUUAAAAACAUUUGUUGAGUGAUUUCCUGAACCUUUGCACAAAGGGUAUCUUUGCUAAAUUGACCAAUUAAAAUGUACUUUCCUGAUACUGUCGUGACAUUCUGUAUUCCGUAUUUGCCUCAUUUUGGCAAAUCUGCAGCACGUCAUUAAGGUUCAGGCUGUUAUUUUUUUUUUUCUUCUGAAACUGAAUAUAUAUGAUCUGUCUAACCAUCUCUAUUUAUUUAAGAUAUUCUCAAAGGAGUUAUGAUUCCCGCUGCUUAUUCUCUUUCUGAAAUGAAUAUGAUCCUUUCGUGGCCAUUACCUAAAUGGGAAGAUAAGUGGAGCCCUUUCAGUCUUAAAUGGAAGAUAAUUCAUUUUCCUACACGGGGGAAAGAAUAUCUAAGCUUCAGGUGAUUCAGUCAGAAGAGUUAGAAUUAUUUGUAUUCCUAACCUCCUACCCCCAAUUGUUAAACACGUUGCAUACUCUAAAAAUGCAAGACUAGAUUUUAUACAGAACAUAUAUAUUGCGUCUUGAUUUGGGGUAGCACCUAUGGACAUUCAUCUCAAAGCAAGUCGAAUUUUAUUAUCAGAUAGCCCUUUAGUGAAUUUAUCAAUUAGAAACCCCUAACAGGAGCCCUGUUCUUAUUUUUUUAAGUCUAAAACUGAUAGUCUUUUGAAAGUCAAAAUACUUUUCUAAUAAUUAUAUCAGAGGAAGCAGUGAUAAUCGAAGGAAAGGUUCUUAACAAUAAUUGGACCUGAAUGACUACAUACAAAUAUACAUGCUUCCAUUAAGUUGGAAUCAUUGAUCAUACUGUCUUAUUCUCCCUCCCACCCGACCUUGGAGAACAGUGAGCUGUUUGUUAAGAUUCCCCGAUUAACUUUCCUCAUUUAGUGUGGAAGACUCGAGUAUACAUACACUAGUGUUUUUAGUUCAUAAUUGCUAAAACUUUCAGAGUUCCAUAAUUUGAAAAUAAAAAUAUGGAAUUAAAAUACUAGCUUUUUACGCAUUUCUCUUAAACAGAGUUUCACUGGUAUCUCUCUCGUCUUUUUCUUGCUUGAUUUUGUUUUUUCCUUCUUUUGAGAGAGAGUCCUGGAGUGGAUUAUAAAUUGUUAGCUUUUUCUUUUCUUAUUUCUUUUCAUUCAGUGGCAAAAAUCACUUUAUAACUCAAGAUUAAGCUUUUAGUUAAUCUUCCAGCAUACAACUUCAGUGUGAGCCCUUUUUUUGCACCACUUUCAAUACUUGAUAAAACUUUAAAUGCUCACUUUUUUCUAAAGUAUUCUUAAUUUUCCAAGAGUCCAGAUUCAUAUAAGCUGUUGAUAUUUAAGGGGCUUGGGAGAGUAGGUGGUGAGGCUGUAUAUUUUUAAGGUAAGAGGAAAUUAAUUACCUUUCAGGAGAUUAAUGAACAGACUUCAUCAGUGUUUUGCAUUCUUUGAGUUUCUAUUAUAGGAAGAUGAGCUUCCAUUAAACUUGAAGUAGUUUUAAAAAUAUUUCAAGUAGAUCUGAGAUGCUUCUCCUAAUCCUUGAAACAGAGAUAGUCCAUGUUUCUCUCCUAAGUAAGGUGUGGAAAAUUACUCUGUGUACCAAAUGUCAGGCAAUGAAAAUAGCAGGUUUUUAUGUAGAGACGAAGCUCGUUAGGAAGAUGUGUUUUUCUUCCUGAGUUGCUUUAUUUUUCUAUCUUCUAACAAAAUAUAAAAAAAAAAAAAACCAGCCUCUGAUCUAAGCAAGGGUAGCUUAGCCUUAAUAAAUUCCCCUUUGCUUCCGAGCAGCAUCCUUCGGCCUGUGCUUAGAAACUCUUCAUUUGGCGGAUGGCUGCAUUGAGUCCCUCAUCCAGAACAAGGUCUUUCAACUUAUGAUUUGCCCAGGGUCUAAAAUUAUCUUCUUCUUUUAGUUAACUUUCAAAAAUCUUUCCUCCUAAAUAAAUGACUUGAGAAAAAGAUACCUUAGUAAUUUUGCUUGAGAAGUCUUUGGAUUUAUGUUUACUAGCUAUUAAACUACAAACUACUGCCCACGUUAAUUACUUUUUGUUUAUCUUCCUUAUUCUUUCCUUAAUAUAGACAAUCCCCCACCCUUUUGUUUAAGCCCUCAGGCUUCAUUCUUAUUCUUUUCUGUAGUGUAAUAUAAUUACGCAAACUUCCUUUACCUGGACACAGACCCAGUCCAUUUUCCUUUGAUAUGAUAAAUUGUUCAGAUAAGAUAUACAAAAUCGAUUUUUAUUCCAGAGGCUUUUCUUGUAAUUCUAAAAUGAGUGGAAAAAGAAUGUCAAUCAAGGCUAAAAUGGUACUUGGAACCUGUAAAUGGCCUGUGAACUUUUGGUUUCAGUCUCAUGUGGAAAUUGAGUUUUAUUGAUUUAGAGAAAGAAGAAAAUCAGAUAGGACCAUGUAUUUGUGCAGCAUAAGUUUUAAUAUCACAUUGGUUAUCUGUAGGGGUUCUUAACUAAGUAUUUAAAAACCAGCCUCUCACUUCUUCAUUUCUCUAUUGAAAAAAUCUGGUUGGUAUACACCUAGGCCUUCUCAUUUUUAACUUGUGAAAUGUUUAGGUAAGAACUGUGACUGGAAAGGAAUUAAUUAUUAUACAAAUAGAUCUGGUAGGUAUGUGAGUGGGGCAUUAAUUUUGCUUGAAACAAGUAUAUUUUCUGCUUUGAAUCACCUCAGCAGAGUCAUCUGUCAAAAAAUACGUAUGAUAAGAAUUUCUCCUUACUGCCUAUCAGCCACAUGUUCUUUCUGAAGUAGAGUGGAUAAGUUCUGUUUGCGAGCUAGACUUUAAUAUCUGCCAUUUUUUGGAAGCAACACAACAUUCUUGGGGGGAACGAGAACCGACUGUCAUCGCGAGGUUACGUGACAACUCUGUUGUAAGACUUAUACCUAUUAUAUAGGGUCAGAACUUUUUCUUAUGCCUCAGCUCUGCACCUGACAAUUUAUGAUUCGGUGGAGCCACGUUAGAAGGAACAACAGUCAUGUAAGAUGGUGGGAAGGUUGGAUGCCUGGGUGUUGCUCUCCCGGGUGACACGGUGCCCUGGCAUUCCAAACAGAGUAGCAGGUAGAAAAUGAGAUGGCUGCUCCAGAUGACUCUUGGGUUUGGUGAGACUGUGGUUAAACAAGAUUUUUUAAUAUGUGAAGUUUGAUUCUGCAACCAAAAUAACAGAAAUGUGGGGGAAAUCAUGUCUGCUUAUGCUUUUUAAAGCUUAUAGUUUAAGUAAAAAUAAAUUGUAAAAACUGAUUAAGCCUAUACAAUGAGCUCUGCAUGAGGAAAUGGAAGGAAGAAGACUAACAGUGGUUCAGGAGGAUCUGUGUGAGGAUGGAAAAUGGGUUUCCCUUUUCUGAUCAUGGGCUCUGAAAGCAUUCAUUGCCUUUACCAGCAUUCAGUAUAAACCAGAGAUAAGAAUAUAUGUACUUGCGUGGGUCCGUGAGUGUGUGUGCGUCUGAGUGUUUGUUAUUCUAAAUAGCUUGUAAAUACUGUAGUUGUUUAAAAUGGAAAAUAAAAGCUGAGAUUGUUUUUUUUCUUUGCAAAUAUAUUGCAUUAAAAAUACAGUAUUGACAGUGGAUGAAACACUGCGGAAAUAAAUUUUUUUUCAUUUUG